UCCUUCUACUUUUCAAAAAAAAAAAAAAAUUAUGGACGAACACCCCGGCGGAGGAGGGGUCGGAACAAGUGCCCCACGACAGCCUCCGCCACCACAGCAGCAGGGGAAUAACAGUAGCGCGAAUCCACCAAUUGGAGGCGGUGGUGGCGGAGCAGUCAUGGUACCACACCAGCCCGAUGAGCUACCUCGGCCGCAGCAGCAGUACACAAUCCCCGGCAUCCUGCACUACAUCCAGCAUGAGUGGGCCCGGUUCGAGAUGGAGAGGGCGCACUGGGAAGUGGAGAGGGCCGAGCUUCAGGCGAGGAUAGCCUUCUUGCAGGGGGAGAGGAAGGGCCAGGAAAACCUGAAGCAUGACCUGGUUAGAAGAAUAAAAAUGUUAGAAUAUGCAUUAAAGCAGGAAAGAGCAAAAUACCACAAGUUAAAAUAUGGAACAGAGCUAAACCAAGGAGAAAUGAAGAUGCCAAGUUUUGAAUCAGACACCAAAGACUCAGAGGUCUCUGCUGUUCAUGCCAACAGUCAGCUCACCUGGAAACAAGGACGACAGCUGCUCAGACAGUACCUACAGGAAGUCGGAUACACAGACACCAUCCUCGACGUUCGUACUCAGAGGGUUCGCUCUCUGCUUGGCCUGUCAGGCUCAGAGCAGAAUGGAUCUGUGGAGAACAAGAACCUGCAGCACCUGAUCAAUGGGACCGAGCGCCGCAAGGACAAAAGGAGUCCAGGUGAUGUUCUGGAGACUUUUAACUUUCUGGAAAACACAGAAGACAGCGAUGAAGACGAUGAGGAGGAGGGGGACCUGAUGGAUGACAUCAGCACUGACAAACAUCACCGAACCAAGAAACAUAAGACCAAGGUGGGAAACGAGGGCUUAGCAUCAGAGGAUGAUGCCGACACAGAGGAGGCUCUAAAGGAAUUUGACUUCUUGGUGACGGCUGAGGAUGGAGAAGGGGCGGGUGAGGCUCGGAGCUCCGGAGACGGGACAGAGUGGGCGGAGCCUCUACCGUUUCCUACUGGCGGGGGAAAGUCCUUCUUACUUGGGGGGUCAGAUGACGUGUUGGAGAGCGUGCUGGGACUGGGUGACCUUGCCGACCUCACAGUCACCAACGAUGAAACUGACUAUGGCUAUGAUCUGCCGUCCAGUAAGGAGUCUUCGUUCAGGAAGACAUGGAACCCCAAGUACACGCUAAGGAGCCACUUCGAUGGUGUCCGAGCACUAGACUUUCAUCCCAUUGAGCCCUGCCUGGUCACCGUGUCCGAGGAUCACACCCUUAAAUUGUGGAACCUCACCAAGACCGUCCCUGCCAAAAAAAGUGCCUCUUUCGACGUGGAACCGAUCUUCACAUUCAGAGCGCAUGUUGGACCAGUGUUGUCAUUGGUGAUGACCUCCAGUGGUGAACAGUGUUUUAGUGGUGGUCUCGACGCAACCAUCCAAUGGUGGAACAUCCCCAGCUCAAAUGUUGAUCCCUACGACACUUAUGAUCCCAGCGUCCUGGCAGGUUCCUGGUUAGGACACACGGAUGCUGUGUGGGGAUUGGCAUACAGCGGUAUCAAAAACCGCCUCCUGUCCUGCUCGGCCGACGGAACAGUGAAGCUGUGGAACCCAACAGAGAAAAACCCCUGCAUCAGCACUUUCAAUACAAACCAUGCAGAGCACGGGAUCCCUACAUCGGUGGACUUCAAUGGUUGUGACCCUGCUCACAUGGUGGCAUCCUUUAAUAGCGGAGAUGUGGUGGUGUAUGACCUGGAAACUUCCCAGCAAGCACUGGUGCUCAAAGGACAGGGAGAUGGCACUCUGCCGGGGUCAAAUCAUAUAAAUAAGGUGGUGAGUCAUCCCACACUGCCAGUCACCAUCACUGCUCAUGAAGAUCGACACAUCAAAUUCUUUGAUAACAAGUCAGGUAAAGUGAUUCAUGCCAUGGUGGCUCAUCUGGAUGCAGUAACUAGCCUGGCCGUGGAUCCCAACGGCAUCUACCUGAUGUCUGGCAGUCACGACUGCUCUCUGCGUCUGUGGAACCUAGACAGUAAAACGUGUGUUCAAGAGAUCACAGCUCAUCGUAAGAAGAGCGAGGAGGCCAUCUACGACGUGGCCUUCCACCCCUCCAAGGCCUACAUUGCCUCCGCUGGAGCCGACGCCCUUGCCAGAGUCUACGUAUAGACGAGGAAGAGAAGAUUUAAACAAAAGAAAAAAGAGGAGAUGACCUCGAGGUGAGGGACACAGACAGACAAAGAGAGAGGGGCUAGUCUGUACACAACAGGAUUCAGGUCUGUUCAGGUCUCUGAACACAGAAUAUAUAUUAAUAUGAAAGACUGGAGGUGACAGAAUCUCCAACGGACAACCGAACAAACACACAGUUUUCUUACACAAGUUUUUAAGUUAAGAGGUGGAAUGGUGUGAUCUCCCUACAGCUAAUUGAAGAGACAGCAGAAAUGUGUUUAAUGAUCAACUUGGAGCAGCUUGCCUGAAACCCAUCUGGCCACUCACAAAUCCCUAAGGUAGCUUUGACACUACAUGCCUAUCCCUAUUCAUUAACACUACUGUGACUCCUGAUCCCAGACAGGAGAGCUGGAGCAGAGGGCAGACGUAAAGAAAAAAAUCCCCCCCCCCCCAAAAAGAAAAAAAAAUUAGACCUGGUCAAGGAAAACAGCCUGACAUCUAGAUGAGUUAACCCAUCGCUCUUUUAUUUCUUACUGUUGUCAUUUAGCAUCGUAAUGCGACGGUCAAAUGUAGCACAUUAAACUGUGGAAUCGUAGCACUACACCUUUCCCCUGUUUCUCUUUCUGUCCCACUCAAUGGGACAAUGGACUCAAUGCUGAGAACUGAUUUUUACCCAUUUGGUAAAUGUUCGGGCGUGUCUGAGAGGAGACAGUUACCACUCGAAAAAUGGCCUUUGUGAGAAGUUUAUUGGAAUCUGUACUGAAUUCACCCCCAUUUGGCUAAUUUUUCUCUAAUAACUCUAAGAACUCUACUUUCAAGGCAGUUUAGAGCAGGCUUGCAGUCCCAAAUGAAGUUCUAAUUGGCUGCCAGUGCUUUCUCUAUGUUUGUUAUACAUAGAGAAAGCUCUACUACUCCCCAGGUAUUGAAGCUUCAGUGGCAUAUGAACCCAAAUCUAAGCACAACUGUAGUGCAUUAAGCAGUCUGCUCUCCCAGUCACUUAACAUGAGGUGAUACAGCUAGAAAUGUCCAAGAGUGGAUCACUCUAAUGAGUCUCCAAAGUCUGCACUUUCUUUCUAUCCAUUUAGUAGAGCUAACUACUAGUUUAACUAGCAAAAAUAUAGAGUAGCAAAGAAUUCGAGUUGAGUACGGUUUUGUACUGGCUGUCACCUGCCUCAGGAGAGAGCCUAAAACAUCCUCUCAUUACAUUAAUCUCCUGUCUAGACAAAACAGUCUGAAGAAACAAUUUUGACAUUUUCAUGGCUGUGCUAAGCUCUGGUAAAACAGAAAAAACUUAAACACCAGUGUCUCUGUUGUGCUUUGUACACACUGCUUCUUCAGAGAGUUUACGUGGAAAAGAGCGUCUGUUUAGAUCUGUUUUUUGUUUUUUUUGUGUCAAAUUCUCUUGAUUGGCUGGAUUCAUGUGAAAGAAGAGUGAAAAGCUACAAGCAAACAUCUGACCCAGGUUUCUGAAUGCUGCCAGCUACCUGGACAGAAACAAAAGAUUGAAUCACCAAUCUUUUAAUACCGUAACACUGAAAAGUAGCAGCUAUUUAAGUUGAUUUUAGACGUUUGGCCUGUUCAAAAUCGUUUCCAAGUUGCAAAAAUAUCUGGUAAUCAAGUGUUUUGUGUGUAGUCUAAUUCAUAUGUGUAUGAGUUUAAAGUGUAUUUUAAUUAGCUGCUCAAAAAACAUUUGCCAAAUUAUAAGCAUAGAACAUCUAAGCUGUUCCACAGGUGGACAUCAUGCGAGAUGCCCGUGUCCCAACACAGGAAGCUAUAAACUGUUCUAUGUAUCAUUCACAGUAUGAUCAGAACUGGGGUACUUGUGUCUAUGUAAACACUCCUCCUGUCACAACAAUUUUAGCAUCUGUUUAGUGACAGUGACAACACAUUAGCCACAUUAAACCCUGCUGUAAGACUGCCUGAGGAACUGUACUAAAGAGAAAGCCCAGAGGUUAAUCAGAUGUUUAACUGUUGAAAUCACAUCUCAGGGGGAUUUUUUCCUUUAAACCUUCAGUCAACAGUCAACCUGAGAACAGAACAUGUGAUGUUUGAACUCGUUUUUUCUCUUUCACUUUUUAAUAAUUAAAUCUGAACUAAAACUUCUGCAGAGCAAGUUUUACAGCUUGUAAAGGGGGGAAAAUUAAGAAGAAAUGUUUUGAGCAAACAGACUGGGUUUAAUAUCAGAUUUUCUUUUUGCCUCUGAGAAUGUUUUGGUUAAUACUCACAGACCUCAGCCUCCUGCUUGGCCAAUCAGAGCCCCACGUUUAACAGUGUAACAAGCGGAGGAUUCAGCAUUACUGUAGUUACAUAUUUUUGUUUGUGUAAAGAAAUCUAGUUUUUAUAGUCCUUUUUAAUUUUUUUUUUUAAAAAUCCACAAUAUAGUUACUGCCACAAUGGAUGACCCAUUAACCAAAAACCCCUCACCUCAGUCUGAUUUGUCAAGACAUCUGGCUUCAGUUUUGGGCCCUGAUCUCAAAUCAUGUAAAGACAGGAACUGCUGCUGCGAGUUGAAACAGCUGAGGAGAGGGACAGCUGUGUCUGUUAGCGGCUGUCCUGAUGCUAAAUAUCAACCUUUAAUAUACAUUUGUCCAUUCGAGCUAAUGUCUAACAUGGCACACAUUCCAGUGUGAAACAGCAGCUUAUCACAGUGAUAAGGUGUUUGCUCCAGAGGUACAGCAUGCAAGUCCAAUAUCAUCAACUGAAAGACUCCAAGCACAAGAUACAUUUUCAUUACUCCACAGUGAAACUCUUGCAUCUUUUACACAACAGCCUUAGCAUGUUAACGCUUAGCUUUGUCUUAUGCUAGCAUUAGUUUUAAAAAAGUUACAUAUUUAAAAUACUUACUUGGCAUAAGAAAGUUACAUUUCUUUGCCAACUUAAUGCUGGUGUAAGACAGAACUAAUUAUGUGCUUUAAAGAAAUGUACAAACAAAAUGAAUUUGCAUAGAAAAUGUAAUCCAAGCAUAGCCAUUCAUAAAUGCAAGGUACCAAAUGCUUACUAAGUCAUUCUGUUCAUUCUAAUUUACACUGCAGUAUGUCUUUUACUGCAGCCGGUAAAAUCACUGGUGGAAAAAAAGUCUGACCAACUCCUUCCUAGGCCAGUCUUAUAUGACCUUGUUUAUGUAGACUGGAUAAAAUGAUGUGAGGUCAUAGCUAAAAGGUUUUACAGGGGAGAACUUCUUGAACUACAAAUACACAACUUGCUGAAAUGAUGCUUUCCCCCCAUAAUCAAUAUAUUUGAAUCUAAUUAGCUCUGUUUGUUUUUUUUAUUAAGAAAUGAACUUUUAAAAUUUUGUGUACACUGUACACAUGAACAGUUUGUUAUAGUAUAAUACAGCUGCCAUAAAGAUCAUUUUGUUAUGGCUGUAAUGUUUUGUUUCUUUUUUGUUGAUAUCACCUGAAGGGAGGUCAUGGGUAUACACUACAAAAUAUCAUCAUGUUGAGAGGUGUUUCUAAUAUUCUGACCCAUCAAAAGUAGUUUUUUUUUUUUGUUUUUUUGUGUUUUUUUUUUUAAAUGGUAUUUUCUGUACACUCGUGUCAGAGUUCCACGUUUUAUAUGUUGACCCCACAGAACUGACACACUCACACACAUGCAAGUACGCAUUUUUGACACUAUCACUAUAAGUGGAAUAUUCUGAUAUUUGUAAAGACAGAUCUUACAGCAAAGCAGUUGUACUAAACGCCAUCCGUGUUUAGGUACCUAUAAUAAAGUGGUCACUGUGUGAGGUGUUUUUGGUUUAUUUUGUUUUUUAAAAUUUGUUGGUUAGUAAUAAGCAAAUUUAAUUUGUGUAAAAACAAGUUUUGUCCUCAAACAGAUCAAAGAAUAGUUUGAUGUACACAUAUCUGAAUGCAGGGCUGCUCUGGUUAAAGGGCAACUUCCAAUAACAAACCGGCAAAUAAUUGGUUUAAUGAGCUGGGAAAUGGUACCUGAAUGCAGCAUGAGCUCAGUUCAAGUGUGAACAGGUGAAGCUGCAGCUUUGUUUGGUUCAGGCUGAGACUUCUGCUCCUCCUCUCCAUCAUAUCGCUUCACUCUUUGAAAAGCUGCUGUCUCACUGGCUGGCCCAAAGGGGGAAGUCUAAUUUGUUGUUCUGGUUUGUUACAAUCCACAGUUUUGUUGUUGUUGUUAUUUAUUAUUAUUAUUAUUAUUAUUAUUAUUAUUAUUAUUAUUAUUAUUGUUGUUGUUGUUUUAUUUUUUAACUUGAAAAUAUUUGUAACACGAGUAUCUCCUGACUGAUCACAAGUCCAAACAAUUUUUUUUCUUUUAUUUUCACCAAUGCUACAGUUUACUGUGUAACUCUCGUUUGUGUAAUGCAUGAUUAAUACAAUAAAAUAUUUUUUUUAGUCUUCCGAAAAAUGGAAAAAAAAAUUCUGUUUGCGAGAUUUGAUGAGUUUUGUGUUUUGUUUUUUUUAUUUACAAACUAUGAACAGCAGAUUUUAAAGGCUGUACCACAUAGAAUACAGCUGUUGAAAUGUACAUAAAAUCUCUAUAAUAACUAUUAAACUGUGUACCUGUACAACA